AUGGAAAUGACUACUCCUCAAGGCGCUACACCGCCGAUCAUCCAGAUCCCCAGUCAUGUGAGACGAUCUCCGCAGGUCAACGAGGCCUAUAGCAGAGCUCUGGACGAGUUUGGACCUGUGAUCAUCGUGCCUCGACAUGGCCGACAUGAAUACAUUAUUGAUCAUCGAUACGCCAAAGAUGUCCUGACGGAUAACGAAAACUUCACCUUUGAGAAGGCGGCCCUGGACCUGCUGCAUUUCGGCUUCAUUGCGCUGUUUGAUGGCGGUCGCUUUGUCCAUGACUUGGACAAUGUCGUGGAGCGUAAUGUGCAACCACGCAUGAACGCUAUCAUUGACAACCUCUAUCCAGUCUUUGAUUCUUACUUUGAUGAAUUGGCGAGGACGCUGCCGAGCCCAGCCGAUGACAAAACUGCCGUGGAGUUCACCGACCUCUUCAAGUUCAUACAGAAAGCCAUUGGCCAUGCGAUGGUCGUUCUUAUCCUAGGCCCCCAACAUGCCUCUUCAGAAACAGCCGACCGAUUUGUAUCUGUUGCUGUGGCCAUGGCUCACAUGACAGGCAUGCACGAAAACACCAACGGAUGGGCCUGGUUCCCCUUUCUGUGGGUGAUUGUGAAUGGAGCAUGGGCGGUCCUCUUCUGUAUCAUGCCUGCCUUUUUCUUCUGUGUGAUGCCCGCGCUAUGGAAGACCAGACACGAGCAUCUUCGGAAUGGGCUCUCGGCCCGUCACGGCGCCUUCGUGCCUAUGUUCGAUGUCCUCUUGGCCAAGAAUUACCAUGGCAAAACGGGUUUCGGGGCGAUUUUCGGAUUUGUCUGGUCUGCUAUCAUCUGUGUGGGCAUGAUCUUUGCCUCGAUUCACCAAACCGCCGUGGCUGGGUUCUGGAUGCUCAUCCGCCUGGCUGAGAAGCAGGACGAGUACCUUCCGGAGAUCCAAAAACAGUGGGCAUCGCUCAUCUCCGAGACUGGCUCUCUAGAUGUCAAGACGCUCAAUCAAAUGACGCUACUAGACUCCUUCAUGAGAGAAGUCCUCCGCACAAAGGGCGACUCAUGGGGUCCAAUCCGCUCCACGCGCAAACCCGUCCAAAUCGGACGCUACAUGCUUCCCAAGGAUGCCAUGUGCAUGAUUCUCGUGAACCGUGCCCAUACGCAUCCCGAUAAUUAUGGAGCGGACGGAGAGGUGUUUGAUGGGUUUCAAUGGGAGAGAAAGGGCAGGGCGGCCGUUCAAGCCGGGCCGGAGUUCCUCUCCUUUGGAAUGGGGAGAUGGGCCUGUCCAGGUCGUCAACUGGCGGUUAACGAAAUCAAGAUUAUGCUGUAUUUGUUUUUCACCAAGUUUGAUAUCCAUGUGAAAGAGGGCAGUGUGAAAGUGUUGAACACGAUCAACACGACUUCGGUGCCUCCAAAUGCCACGAUCUCGUUGAGGAGGAAGUUGUGA